AAAAUAAACAUAUGUAUCUGUUUACGUCACAGCCGCGUCACCAAAAAUUAGAUUUGCGGUGGUUCGUUGGUUCCGUGGCAGCUUUUCGAUAGAAAUAAUCAACUUUCGGUCCAUCAAAAUGGAAUUAGUGAAAGAUCUUGUAAAUAACCAACUCACCCUCUACCUGUUACCUGUGGCUUUGGUCAUUAUUGUAGUGAUUCUAGUGUUCACAUUCGGAUUCAAAUCGGCGGAACAACCACCUUUCGACAAACUCACCAACGAUGAUCGAAAACAAGCUGGAAAAAGGAAGAAAAUCAAGGAAAAGAAAACCACCGCCAACGGACACGUGUCUAGUGGUGAUCCAAAAACCGAAAAAUCACCAGUAAAAGAUUCGAAAAAGUCGCCUACCAAAGAGUCGGUUGACGCUCAAAAACCUAAAGACAAAAAAAUUGAAAAUAACAAACAAGCCGAAAAGAACAAAAAGAACGAAGCCAUCAAAAAUAAAGUGAUCGAAGAAGUGAAAAAUAAGAAGAACUUGAAGMAACUCCUCAGUGAAAAACCAGUGGAUUUUGACGAUGGCAACUGGGAAACUGUCCCCAGUAAAGCUGAUAAGAAGAAAAAACCGGAUCAGAGUCCAGCCAAAAAAGAGAAGAAAUUAAAGAAAGUCGAGAAAACCGCCGAAAUUGAAAAGUUGGUCAAAGAAGUGGUGAACAAGGAAUUGCGUGAGAAAGAAAAAGAGAUCAAAGUUGAGAAGCCUGUAGAGGAACCGAUUCUGAUCGAAGAACCCGUCGUUGUGAUUGAAGAGAAGAAAGAAAAGAAGAAGGAAAAGAAGGCAAAGAAAGAGAAUGAAAGACCGGUUGAGAAAGAACCACCGGCUCAAAAGGAAGUUCCUAAACCGAAAGUUGAGAAAGUGAUAGAGGAGAUUAGGGAAGAACCGCCCAAGUCUCCCACCAAAGAAGGUGGUGUAGUCUUCGACGAGCUUGGAGAUGUUUGGACAGAAGCGAAAGUCGCGAAGAAGAGUAAGAAAAAAGCACGUAGAGAUAACUAGAACUAGUUCAACAAAUCAGAUAUUGUAUGUCAGGUAUGUGAUUACGAUUAUGUGCUACGAGACAAGAUCUCAAACUUUAAAAAGACUUAAGUAGCUGAUUAUCACAGAAUUUUGAACUCAUCAUUCAUCUCAAACAUACUCAAAAGUUUAAUGAGUGCAACAUGGUAUUCACAAUCAAAUGAAGGCUUUUUUAAGUAAAUGUCUAGAUAAGAAGUGGCAGCAUAGCUGCAUUAUUUAAUGUGCAUUCCAUGARGUCAUGUCGUUUAGUUUGUUUUAUUUUGUUAAUUAGUUGAUUUUUCAUUUAGCAAUUUGUAUUUUGUGCCAAUAAAAUCAAAUGAAUGUCUGACCUAUCCAAUGAAAUAAAUGGCCUUAUAGUCUUGCAGUGUGUUGCAAAUAUGCGAUAUUUUUAAUAAUAUAUUUUUGCGAAGAAGAGUAACAAUCGUAGGUUAACGUCUUCCAUAUUUGUUUAAAUGAAAUGUUGUUUGUUUCAUAUUGUCACACUUUUUUGUUGUAGAAAUUUUGCUCAGAUUUUGUGUAUGUUAAUAUCAGCCUAAUAAGUUAAGUUGUAAGCGUCAAUAUUAUUUAAAAAUGGUUUACUUGAGGUUUUGUGCAUGUCCAAGGCAGCGACAACUGAAAAAAUCAAAAUUUACGAUUCAUAAUCUCAAGUAAAAAGUCUUGCCUGAUCAAUAUUUUUACAGCAGUAGUCAUUUUUUAUUGUAGAUUUAAGGUAAAUAAAUAUAGUGUAUUUUUAUUUCCUAUAAACUAUUUUUAAUGCGUGUAUCAUAUUGUAACUAAUGUGUAAAAUUAAAUAUUUCAUAAUGUUUUAUAGCAUUCAUUGUAAAGUUUUGUUGAAUUCUAUGUACUUUUCAUGUCAACUGUAAYGGGUACACAAAAACAUAUUGCCCUGACAAGUAUUUGUAAGAACAAGUAGUCAUUUUUUAUUUCAGUGUACGACUCUGACUUGGAUUAUUGUAAAUAACUCCUGUAUUUGAUAUUUGAAAUGUACAUUAAUCGGCUUUGURUUACGUUUUGUUUUUGCUAUAGACACCCUAAGGUGGAUAAAUUGUUUGUCAUUUAUUUAUUUUAGUCCAGUCUUCUUCUAUGACAAGCUUAUUUGUUUCGUGGAAAUAAAUAAGCCGCCCAUGUGUAAUUAAAUUGAAUACAAACUUGUAUUGUGUACAUAACUGUGUUAUUUGUAGAUCAUUUUGUAUAAGGUCUGUGGAGUGUUAUCUUUUGGGGACCAUUUUCAGAAUAUAUUUUGAAAAAUUUAAA